UUUUGCAUACUACAAUGGGAGACGUUCACAUGAGACUGUACCCUGAAAAAUGUCCAAAAACUGUGGAGAAUUUCACGACACACUGCCAGAAUGUCUACUAUGAUAAUCUUAUCUUCCACCAUGUCAUCAAGGGUUUCAUGAUACAAACAGGAGACCCAUUGGGAGAUGGCACUGGUGGGCAGUCUAUCUGGGGAAGGGAAUUUGAGGGUGAGUUUCACAAAAGUUUACUACACGACGGGCCUUCCACAGUAUUGAUGGCAACUGCAAGCCCAAAUACCAAUGGUUCUCAGUUCUUUAUUACCACGGUGGCCACUCUAUGGCUGCACAACAACCAUACACUGUUUGGUAGAGUUGUGAAGGGAAUGGAUGUUGUACAGGCUAUUGAGAAGGUGGACAAAACAGACAAGCCAUACCAAUAUGUAAAAAUCCUAAAUGUGACUGUCCCCAAGUCUUAGUAUAAUCUUCUUUUAGUGGUGAAUCUAUAUUGAUAUGGUUGCUGCCUUGCUGGUGUGGC